CCCACCGGCUAGGUAGCUCCUAGCUAGCGGAAGUUUAUCAUCCGGGCAUUUUUUGACGUCGAUGAUAUAAAGGCCACAUUAUUUCUGUUAUUUUUUACAAACAAAAAGAAAAUAGUAUUUAGUGGGGACAUUAUGAACACUUGACUUUAUAAAGUUGUAUGCUGUUUCUGGAGUCGAUCCUUGUUUACAUACCCAUUUCUGAAAAUGUGUGCGUGGUAGAACGAGUGGUUUUCAUGCCUGCCUCACAGUUCUGGGGUUAUGGGUUCGAGUCUCCAGCCUUUCUGUGCGGAGCGUGUACUUUCUUUUGCAUCUGUAUGCGCUUGUGUUACCUACGUAUUCCAAAAUCAAGCUAGCUAGCCUAAUCGAAGACUGAAUGCUUGUUUGUCGAUAUGUGUCCUGCGAUUGAAUGGCUGGGGACCAGUCCAGGGUGUCCUCUCUUGCUCUUGAUCUUUGACACCAAGGCUGGAUUUGCACCAAGGUCAAAGUUCCCAAUUGCCAUUAAAUGUCUACACUGCAUCUAAUUUUGGGGACAUUUGUAAUCUAUAUCCAUGUACAAGCAUCACAUCUCCUAUGUCAUACAGGCAUUGCCAGAACAUAUAAAACAACCUGCAUCCGCAGACACCCAAAUUGCGUGUAAACUGCACUGGUUUCAACCUCGCACUACAUGGACGUAAACAAUCAGUUGACCUGGGCUUUGUCUUCCCCUCCAUUUUUUUUUAAAUUAGGGUAGCCUCUGCAUUGCUCCACAUUAUGUUGCCUCUUAUGUAGCGUAUUAAGACAAUACUGAAUUGUCUAUGCAUCGCUGUCAUUUAGAUUUACAGAUGUUUUUUUUUUUUUUUUUUAAAUGUACUGUAUUUGUCCUUCUAGAGCAGAUGCGUGUGUUUUUGUCACAAAUCAUUGUGGCAUUGACAGUGUAUCCUAUUGAUGUGUUGAUGCUCGAUUUUUGAUUAAUUAAUUUUUUUACUAAUUUUGAAGAGGUCUGAUUUAAAUCUGAAUAUAUUCUAAUCCAUGUAUUUACACUGCCAUGAUGUAUUUGACUCAACUGUACCACUUGAGCACAAAAAGAUCUGGAUUGUUUCAUGUGUUGUGUCGGUGUGUAAACAGCCAAAUGUGAUGUGUGCCACAAUUGUACAUGGUAAUAGACAGUCCCAAAAAAUCAGAACUCGGCAUUGAAUUGGAAUUGGGAACUUUGACCUGCAGUGUAACUCCAGCCUUAGUGUCACUUUCAGUUUAAAUCCAGCCUUAAACCAGCCAGCCGCACACCGUACGAUGUGGUUGAACAAGCCUGAACUGGACAAUCGCGAACAAAUUAAAGUUAGGACAGGAGACACUGAAUAAAGCCCAACAAUACAGAGGGCGAUGAGAAAUGAAUUCCCUUCUCCUGGUGCCCUGUAACUUCUCGCAUCAUGGCUCCUUCCUGCUGCUCCGUUCUGGCCGGUCCUGCUGGCUCAGAACCCUGAGUGCCAGACUACAGAUCAGCAACAACCUUCGAGAGAGCUACCGGCUGCUGCAGCUGCCAGAAGGCGAGACCGUCAGCCCUGAACGGGCGAAGGAGUCAUUCCUGCACCUGGCUAAGCUCUACCAUCCGGACUCUGGCGCGCCCACUGCUGAUGCGGCUCUCUUUGCCCGGGUGGAGGAGGCCUACCGCUCCGUGGUGGCACACCACAGCGAGGCUCGGCGGCAGGAUGCUGCGCAGGACGAGGACAAGGACCUGUCUUCGGUUGUUGCCCCUCAACAUAGACACUACCUCAGCUACCAGGGCGUGGGCUCGGGCACCCCCAGCCAACGCGAGCGCCAGUACUGCCACUUCCGUGCCGACAAGGCCGCCGAGCAAGUUCUGCACUACCGGCAGAGGGAGCACGAGAGGGCGGCGGCUGCCGACGGUGCGUUGGUAGAGCGGGACGUGCGGCAGCGCAGCAGGAGCAUCAAACUCACCCAAGCGGUGGAGCGGUUGGUGGAGGACCUGAUCCAGGAGUCCAUGGCCCGGGGGGAUUUCCGCAACUUGAGUGGCACUGGAAAGCCGCUCAACAGGUUCCAGCACAACCCCUAUGCUGACCCAAUGACACACAACCUCAAUCGCAUCCUCAUGGACAACGGCUAUCAACCACCCUGGGUGCUCAGGCAGCGUGACAUCCGCGAGGCCGCCGCUCGUAUCCGGGGCGAGUUGCUGGACGGGCGGGCCGGGCUGGGCGAGCCCCUCGGCCCGACAGAGCGUCUGCGCUGGGUUGAGCUGUGCGCCCGCGCCGAAGAAGCGCUAGCGAAGCUCAACAAGAUGGUGGACAGCUACAACCUGAUCGUGCCCAUGCUCCAGAUGCAAAUGGUGCAAUUCAGCCUGACGCGGGAGGUGCGGCGUGCAGAGGAGGCGGCCGGACAGCGCCGACUUGAGCAGCGACAGAGGAGGAAGGAGGAGAGGAAGAGGGUCAAUGCUGCCAAUGUCGCCGCCAAUUCUGCAGGUGCAAGGCGAAGUCUGGUGUCAUGGAUACCAAGCUGGCUCAAAUGAAUGACACAAAACAUCACUUUAAUUUAUUUAUAAGGUUGAACUUUGAUAUCAUGGACCAACAUUCAAAACAAUGUUUGACUUCCCUUUAAAUGUUAUUUCCAACCUGAAAAGACACUGAAACAGCCAGAAUCCCAGCCUGGAAACUACAAGUACAACAAUUAAUGGAUUAAUUGACAACUAUUUUGAUAAUUGAUUAAUCACUUAGAGACCUUGUUUACCUUAAAAUUGUCCAAAUCCCUGUAAUUUUAGCCUCUCAACACUAAUAGAGAUGGGUACCUUUCUCUUUUGAAUAGUAAAAUUGAUCAGAUUUCUGUAAUCCUCCAGGAGGGUAGAUUUGAUUAUCUUUGUGUUGAACCAAAAUAAGAGAUUUGCAAAGAUCUGCUUUUACUUUGGAAAACAAUGAUACAUAUUUUUGAGAAUUUUCUGACAUGUUACGGACAAAACCAGCAAACUGAAUCAUAAUAAAUUUGUGCAUUUUCUGCACUGUCAAUUUGAAAUAAUGUCCUGUUUUUUAACAAAGGGAUGUAAAUGAAAAAAUGUUUUUUUAGACAUUGCGCAAUUGAAAAAAAAUAAUUGAAAGAUUAAUCAAUUAUUAACAUAAUUGUAAGUUGCAGCCCUACUUGAAACCAGCCCACAUCGUAGAAGGACGCAGUGGUACCGUUAGAACGCUCACCCCUCCAAAUCUUUAUCGCAUAUGUUAUUUCCAAAAGAGUCUAAAUUCUGAUGAGUAUAAUUAUCAAUUUAUCAAACAAUUUAUCUCUCUCCCAUUAAAAGUUAUUUGCCACUCAUGGCUUGGACACUUUCCUUACAUUGUAGAUGUGUUUGGUACUGUUGGAAAGCUCACCAUGAAAAUGUUUAAUUCAUGGUGAUAUGACUUUCCUUUCAAAAGUUUUUUUUUUUAUCCACCAACCACCAAAACAGAUCCAUGGACUGUAAAAACAGCCUAAACCCAACUACGACACUUCCCUCAGGUCGUACCGUUGGAAAGCUCACCUUCUGAAAUGUGGGGGUACAAGGUAAAUUUAUACCAGAAUGACUUUUACUUUAGAAGUUAGUUUUACCUGUAACAGUACACCAACAACCAAAACAGAUCCACAAAGUAUGAAAACAGCCUAAACCCAAUUUAAUGAUCUGCAGACAACCUAAACAUCCCAGAUCCCGGCCUGGACACUUCCCAACAUUGUAGAAGGAUGUGGUUGGUAAUUUUGGAAAUUCCACCUCUAAAAACAGGAGUGUAGAAGUUUAAUUUAUUCCGCUAUGACUUUACUUUCAAAAGUUAUUUCCAACCGUAACGAUAGGCCCUAAUCCCCAAAACAGAUCCACCUUCCACUGAAACAGCCUAAUUCCCAACUUGGACAUUUCCCAAUAACGUAGAAGGUCACAGGGGAGAUUGUUGGAAAGCUCCCCCACUCAAAA